AUGACAAAUCAGUCAGAACGGUUAUCACAUCUUUUAGAUAAUGGCGCAUAUGUUGUUCAACUGGAUUUUACGGAAGCUCGCCUAUCGUUAAAAGUUGAUCCUUCCGGUCAAUUAUUAAAAGAGUUUAUUACGAUAAAUAAUCGGGUAUUAGACCGUUUUAGUUCAGAAGAACAGAAAAAAAUUGGGGUACACGUGUGCCCUGGUGGUGAUUGUGAUUCAUAUCAUUCAUAUGAAAUUGACUAUACUCUCAUGUUACCUGAUGUAUUUCAAUUACAUUUAACAAAUUUUUAUCUACAAUUAUCAUCUGAAAAAGAUCAUGUUAAAAUUCUGAAAUGUAUUCAACAACAUAUUAAGCCAAAUCAUCGAAUAUUUUUGGGUGUAAUAGAUCCCAUAAACCCAGAAAUCGAAACUGCUCAAAUUGUCCGUGAUCGAGUUUUAGAAGCUGCUCAAUAUAUACCGUUGGAACAACUGGGUACGACAGAUGAUUGUGGUUACGCACCUUUUGCUGAUGAUCGAUCGACGCCAAGAGAUAUGUGUUAUGAGAAAAUAAAAGCAAGAAUUCAAGGUACAAAAUUAGCUGAGCAAAUAUUAAACUUUUCAGAAAAUUAA